AUGAGCACUGAGAAAAUGCAUCAAGGUUCCCGAAAUGUGUCCCCGCAUAAAGCCACAGCCCAUCAGGGCGCUCAGACGGACGAUGAGGUGCUGGUUCGCCUGGGCCACGAACAAGAACUCCCCCGAAGCUUCUCAAUGUUCACACUAGCUGCUCUUUGUUCGUGUCUCAUGGCAACAUGGGAAGCAUUGGCAAGUGUCUUGGCUACGGCUCUUGUGAGCGGCGGCCCACCUUGCCUGCUCUACAACUAUAUAGCAGCCUUAGUCUUUACUGCCUGCAUUACUGUGUCGUUGGCCGAAAUCGCAUCCAUUUAUCCGACCGCUGGAGGCCAAUAUCACUGGGUGUCCGCUAUGAGCCCACCCUCGAAAAGGUCACUGCCGGCCUUCUUGACAGGCUGGAUUUCCAUUGGAGGCCAGAUUUUGUUCUCCGCUUCUGCUGCGUUUGCUGGAGGACUCCAGAUGCAAGGCUUGAUCGUGUUAAACAACGAUGGCUUCGUAUCGGAGCCCUGGCAAGGUGUGCUGUUUUAUUGGGCCAUCUUGGCCUACUCCGCCGCAACUAAUAUUUGGGGCCUCAGAGUUCUACCUCAUAUUAAUACAGCUGCUGGAGUUCUUCAUCUGGCAGGAUUCAUUGGAGUUGUUAUCACCUUGCUGGUGAUGGCGAACAAAAACUCUGCAUCAUAUGACGCGGCGUGUCAUCUUUCCGAGGAGCUGCCCAACGCGAGCCGCAACGUGCCACUUGCCAUGAUGUACAGCGUUCUCCUUAACGGUAUCACUGGACUGGCUUAUUGCAUCGUCCUUCUGUUUGCGACCACGUCACUAGACUCACUCUUGCAAACCCCCACCCAAUUCCCGUUCAUGGAGGUGUAUCUUCAAGCUACGCAGUCCAGGGCCGGCGCCACUGUCUUGUCUGUGAUCAUCCCCAUCAUUGCUGCUGCGGCGAGUAUGGCCGGCUUGACAUCAAGUUCUCGAACUUUGUGGGCCUUCGCCCGUGACAAAGCCACACCAUUCCACGAGCAACUGAGUAGAGUCGACGGGAAUCUCCAUAUCCCGAAAAACGCCGUGCUUACAUGCGUGGCUUUUCAAUGGGCUAUCGGCUUGAUUUAUCUCGGCAGCACGACCGCCUUCAACGCCAUCAUUUCCAUGGCUAUCAUUGGGAUGUACCUCUCAUAUCUGAUACCGAUUGUUUACAUGCUCCUCUAUGGGCGUAGGCAAAACAUUAGUCAGAUAUCGAGAUACAUGAAACUCCCCAACUGGCUGGGAAUUUGCCUCAACAUCGCUUCCAUCGUUUGGAUGGUAGUUGCGAUUAUCUUCAGCACGUUCCCAAUCCUUAUGCCGGUUACAUCCACCAACAUGAAUUAUUCUAUUGUUGUCAUGGCUGGCUGGCUGUUUUUUGGUGCUGUAUAUUAUUUCAUUUGGGGAAGAAAGAAGUUUGAGGCUCCGAUGUCCGACGCUUCUGUUAUUCUAACUGUGGGACGGUAA